AUGACCGUCAUAGGUAUAACCUUUGGUAACACUUCCUCGUCAAUUGCUGUGGCAACCCAGGACGGUAAAGUUGACGUGAUUGCAAAUCCAGAUGGUGACCGUUCCAUACCUUCUGCUUUAUCCUAUGUCGGUAGCGAUGAAUAUCAUGGAUCUCAAGCGGAAGCAAGAUUAAUUAGAAACCCAGAGAAUACUAUUAUUAACUUUAGAGAUUUCAUUGGUGAAGAAUUCUCGGAAAUCAAAGACGACUUUUCUUACGGGGCUAAACCAAAAGAUGUGAAUGGCGAAAUUACAUACGAAAUUACGAAUAACGGGAAAACCGAGUUAUUGUCAGUCCACGAAAUUGCAAAGAGGCAUUUCAAACAAUUAAAGUCUGCAGCAGAAGACUAUAUUGGAAAACCAGUUGAAAAAGUAGUUUUAGCGGUCCCCACUGAUUUCAGCGAGCACAAAAGGGAGGAGAUUUCCAAAAUUGCUGCAGAUGCAGGCUUGAAAGUAUUACAGUUGAUCAAUGAACCAUCUGCUGCUUUACUAGACCAUUUAUCGACCGAGAAUGACAAAUUGAAGGAAGACAAAAUCUACGUUGUUGCCGAUUUUGGAGGCACCAGGUCAGAUGGUGCUAUUAUUGCUGUAAGGGGCGGUGUUUUCACAAUUUUAGCAACUUUCCAUCAGCAUGGUUUGGGUGGUGACGAUUUGGACGCAUCAUUAUCCGAAUUUUUCGCCAAGGAGUUUGAGAAAAAGUACAAGGUUGACCCAAGAAAAAAUGCGAGAUCUCUUGCCAAGUUGAAAGCAGAGUCUAUUGUUGUUAGAAAGACUUUAUCAAAUGUGCAAACUUCAACUUGUUCAAUUGAGUCAUUGGCAGAAGGUUUUGACUUCCACACAAGUAUAAACAGAUUAAGAUACGAGUUGGCUGCAAGGGAGCCUUUAAGCAAGAUGACGGCAUUUGUUGAAAAACUCAUUUCAAAAGCAGGAUUGGAGCCUUUGGAUGUUGACGAGGUUUUGUUAGUAGGUGGUUGUGCUCACACCCCUAAAUUAGCCUCCAAUAUUUCUUACCUUUUCCCAGAAUCAACUAAAAUAGUUGCACCAUCUUUAGACCCCAAAGCAUUAAAUCCUUCAGAGUUGAUUGCUCGCGGAGCUGCCUUGCAAGCUUCCUUGAUUGAGAGCUUUGAUCAAGAAGAGAUCAAUGAAUCCUUACAGCCAAUAGUUGUAAACACUCAGCACAUUUCCAAACCAAUUGGUAUCAAAGACAACGAAGGAAAAUUCCAGCCGAUAUUAGUUGCAGAAACUGCUUAUCCAAUCAAGAGAUCGAUCGAAGUAACGAAUGGAGAACAUUCAACUGCUUUAGUACAAUUAUACGAAGGAAAAAGAACAGUUAAGGAAACAGUGGUUGAAAAAGAGAAAAAUGAAGACGAUUCAGAAGAAGAAGAAGAAGAAGAGGAGGAAGAUUCGGAUGAAGAACCAGAAGUUGUGAAAGAAGUGGUUUAUGAAGCAGGUGACUUGUUAGCUGAAUUAUCCUUAAAAGACUUGACACCAAAUUCAAAAUUAGAAGUCACUGUGAACAUCACCCAAAAUGGUGUUUUACAUUUAACAGGUAGAAAGUUGAAACAAGGAUCAGCCCCAGUAACAGGCGAAGUUUUAUCACAAUAG